AUGACGUCUCAUAAUGCUGGCACGCCCGUUUCGCUGCCCAAAAUCGCUAAAUCCGUCAAGUUGGACGUCCCUUCCACGCCGCCGGCGGCCAAACCCAAGAAGAGAUUACUGGCGUUUCUAGCUACCCCUGAGCAGCCAGGAGACCAACUACCUUUCAGUCCCGGGCUCAAGAGAGACAGCUCGGGCUUGCUCAAAUCCCCAGAUUAUAAACUCAACUCCAAUGAUGCCAACUUGCUUAAGACGCCCAAGAAUGGCGGCUACGACUCCGACGACAAAGACACGCCUCACCGACUGAAGAUGCUUAGAACUCCGCAAUUUUUCAGUCCGGGCAAGCGUCUAUUCAACGACGACCAGAGCCCUAACAAGGAAGAGCUUGCCGAGAUCUCGUCUCAGCUCAAAUCCCGCUUGAGCACGGCCUUGGGCAAAGUGAAAGGUCACGACAAAAGCCAGAUUGCCCCUACAAAACUUGACUUUCUGGACCAAUCAUUCACCACAACGCGAGAGCUGCCCACAAAGAUGCUCAAAAUGAGCCCCAGGCUCCAAAGCACACCCCUGCUGGUGCAAAGAGCCAACUUGAACCUACAGACACUCCAGGCGCUGCCUGUUCCGCCCUCUAGCCAAUCCCACGAGAGGCUUCAGCAGCUGCCGGACUUUAAACGAGACCGAGUACGUAUCCCAUCUCCCGAGGCGGAUGCCAGUGCUCAAAGUGCAUUGCAGGCGGCCUUUUCCCGCCAAAAGGAGAAGCGGCGCAGCUUUUCCAGUGAACGCAGGCGUUCGUCUCUCCUUGGCCUUGAAGGCAGCCCGCAGAAGGAUAAGGAGGCUCCCCGGCUUCCUCCAAUCAACGUAGGCUUCAACAACAAGCACAGCCCACCGCAGGACUCGGAACAAGACGCUGUGUUUUCACUCAUGCUGCUCUCGUCGCCGCAGAAACUCGCCGACAGCAGGGGCCACAGCCGGCAGCAAAGUCAGAAUACCAACUCCACUCACACGCUGCGGUCGUCGCUGGUGGUCAAUACUGUUCUUCCGCCAAUAUCAGGUAUCAUGAAGAACGUGGACAAUGACGAAACAGACAUUGAAGAGACAACCAUGUCGGAGGGCGAGGACUCCUCCUAG